AUGAGUCAUAGAGUUCAAUUGCUUCUGGGAGCAUACCAUAUGACAUUUCCUUUGAAAAGUGUUGACAAAACGAUUGAGAUGAAAUCUGUUCCAUACGUAUGUUAUGGCAAUUGUUUGUACAUUGAGUCUAAAAUAGCUAAUGUCACAGGUAUUUCAGGAGUUAAUAGUAAAGGUUCAGUAGAAUAUAAGUCUUUCUGUUAUGAAGUAAAUUCAAUGUUCAUUCCAAACGUUCCUGUCAUAGCAACUCAUUUAGGUAAAUGGGUUCGCAUUAGUCCUCAUAAUUUGAAAGACAUGCAAUUCAGACUUGUUGACUUUCAAGGAGAGCCUGUAGAACUGAAGGCACCAGUGCGAAUGACUGUUGAAGUUGACUUUUUAGAAAAUAUUAAAUGCAACAGCUUACAAGAGAACUCAGAGCUAAAAAUAUAA